AUGGCGUCCUACCGCGACAGAGAUCGCCCUCGCGACAACAACAGCAGUAACAAUAACAACAACAACAACUACAGCCGAGACAGAGAUAGAUACCAACCACAGCCUCCUUCUCACCGGCGCAACGACCGCGGCGGCGGAGCGGACACCUACAACCCUACAUACUCGGCGCCGCCGCCACCCGUGUACCCUCCCGCUCCUGGCCAAGGCCCGCCGCUGGCGCAGCGCGUGUCGGGGUACCGGGACGACCGCUCUGGUCGUGCAAAUGGAUAUGGGAAUGGAGGUGGUGGUGGGAGGGAUGACCCGCGACGGGGCCAGCAGCAGAGGGAUGAGUUUAGGCCGCCGCAGGGUGAAUUCACGUUUCGCGCACCGGCGCCGGGAGGGUCGGAUUCGUAUCGGCCUGGGCAGGAGCGGUUUCCUCCACCCCGCGAGUUCUCCCGCAAUAACGACUCUCAUGGACCCUCGAAGCGUGGACUGUUCGAUCGAGAUGGCAGAUCAGGUGCGCGCGGACGCGGGGGUCGCCUGGCAAACCGACCCCACGACGGGCGGCGCCGACAGCCGUGGUCUAGGAAAGCCGCGGACAGAGCGCUGCUCCAACCGGGCGUCAACGACCAGCACGCCGAACUUAUGCUGGGCGACUUGUCUGCGCGCGCCACGUACCGCGCCCUCGAUGAGAUGUCCGACUCUGACGAGGCGGAGAUGGAGAUAUCCGGGGAGGAAUCUGAAGGCGACUCGGAUUCCGAGGGCGCAGACCGUGCUGCGAAGCGUGUCAAGACGUCUGCGGCUGCCGAGAAGGAGUCCAGUCAGGAAGAGCAAGCCCCGAAAUGGUCGAAUCCCGAUCCUUACACGGCACUGCCUCCCCCAGACGAGCAGUCGCGCAAGAAGCUCAAUAUGGUGCAGCUAAUCCGCAAGGCGCGGGUCGAAGCUGAGGCCAAGAAGGGCUUAGACAAAGACGAGUCGGCCGACUUUAUCGCGUGCGACUUUAGCGAUGACGACGACGAACCACCAACGAACGGUAACUCGCUGGCUCCGGCGUUCGCACCCAAAGGCCCCAGUGCAUCUAGAGCCCCUGCGAACCUGCCUCCCAGGCCACCGUCGCCACGAACUCACAGACCACCUCCGCCUCCCCCUCCACCUCCGCGGGACGAUGAGCCACGUAUGGCUAAUGGUAAGGCCAAGGGUAGAGAGCCAGUCGACAUGACCCCCUCUGCGUCACUCGGUAACAGGAAACGCGGCAUAGAUGAUGUAAUCAAGAUGCCACACGCGACACUGAAGCGCGUCAACCGGGCACCAACAACCGGCAAGAUCAUCAGUGACUGGGCUGCGCGCGGCGAUGAGGUCCCUUGCCCCUGGGCUACACGAGACCACUCCGACACGCCUAACAUGGGCGUGCGGCUACACAAGGAGAUCAUCGACUUCUACAACUACGUGCGGCCUCGCGAGUUUGAAGAGGAUGUGCGCAAUCUUAUGCUUUCCAAGCUCGAGGCAGUCGUCAAGUCUAAGAUCCGCGACGCCGUCCUGCUGCCAUUUGGUUCGUUCAAGUCGGGACUCUACCUGCCAACGGCGGACAUGGAUAUUGCCAUUUGCUCGCAAAAGUUUGUCGAUGGAGGGCCCUCGAAACUGCACACAAAGGGCAACCUCUACGCCCUGCGCGCGCAUCUCGUCAAGCAUCAGAUCCCAUACAAGUCCGAGGUCGAGCUCAUCUUGCACGCCAAAGUGCCGCUGCUAAAGUACACGGACGCGGCCACUGGUCUCAAGGUGGACGUCUCGUUUGAGAAGAUGGACGGCCAUAAUGCCAUCAAAACCUUCUUGGAUUGGAAGGCAAUGUAUCCGGCCAUGCCCAUGCUUGUCGCUGUCGUCAAGCAGUUUCUCGCAAUGCGCGGGUUGAACGAACCUGUCAAUGGAGGCAUCGGAGGUUUUACGAUUAUAUGCCUGGUAGUUCACCUUCUCAACUCGAUGCCACAGAUCCAGAGCGGCAGUAUGAUACCUGAGCACCAUCUUGGCGAGGUGCUGAUGGAGUUCUUUGACUACUAUGGCAAUCACUUCCAGUAUGAGACAGUGGCAAUCCGGAUGAACCCACCUGGACUGCUCAACAAGGCCGACUCAAGCACAGUCGUGUAUCGUAACCUCGACCGGUUGUCGAUCAUCGACCCCAACAAUCCCGACAACGACAUUUCGGGCGGCUCGUCAAACACGAGGACCAUUAUGAAGAACUUUGCCGAUGCCGCCGCCCUGCUCAAGCGGCACAUGGCUGACAUGGCGUCUAGCAAACGCCAUGGGAAGCAUGCCUACCGUCCUUUACUCGAACCUUUAUUGGGUGGCAAGUACUCACAAUUCCAGAUCCAGCGCGACUGGAUCCACAAGCUUGCAGUUGAAGGCUUCCCUGCGCCGGGGUCCUCACAACAGUACCGUGGCAGGUGA